AUGGAUGUCUUUAGAGUGCUUACAAGAGGAGCUUACUUGAAAAAACCGUCUACUUCUGGAAGAUCCAUCGAUGUGAGCAAAAAUAUGGACAGAGAGGCUAUUUCUGUGCCAGGAAAUGCCAGAAAGCCAGACGGCGAGGAAAAUCUCACUAGAGAGCUCGAUUUCUUCAGGAAUAAGCGAACUAUACAUAAGGCAGAGAAGAAACAGGAAGAGUUACAUGCUCAAGACGAUGCAAUGAACGAAGAAAAAGACGAAGAAGAAAACGACAGUAGAGUCGAAGACAAAGGUGCCAAUCUGCUGAAAAUCUCAAACACGGAUGAUGCUUUGCAAUUGCGCAAAUCUUACCGCGGAAAUGUUUCAGGGCACGAUGUGCCCCUCCCCAUCGGGUCUUUUGAAGACCUUGUAUCCAGAUUCAAGCUAGAUAGACGUUUGCUCAACAACCUGAUAGACAACCAUUUCACGGAGCCAACCCCAAUUCAAUGCGAAGCUAUUCCGCUUGCACUACAUGAAAGAGACAUUUUGGCUUGUGCUCCUACAGGUUCUGGUAAAACGCUGGCAUUUAUAAUACCUCUCUUACAACAAAUUUUGACCAAUGAGCAUAGGGAAGGCUUACAAGGGCUCAUUGUUUCUCCCACGAAGGAACUAGCGAGCCAGAUUUUUGCCGAAUGUAGCAAACUCAGUCACAAAAUACUACUGGCCAAGAAACGACCACUUACAGUGGCACUUCUGUCGAAAUCUUUGAGUGCAAAACUUAGAAAUAAGGUUGUUAGUGACAAGAAAUAUGACAUUAUCAUCACAACGCCCUUGAGACUCAUAGACAUCGUGAAACAAGAAGCUUUAGACCUGUCUAAUGUUAAACACUUGAUUUUUGAUGAGGCUGACAAGCUUUUGGACAAAACUUUUGUUGAACAAGCCGACAGUAUAUUGUCAUCGUGUUCCAAUCCGCAAUUGCGAAGAUCUAUGUUUUCCGCGACAAUCCCAUCGGGUAUCGAAUCGAUGGCACAAAGCAUCAUGCAUGACCCUGUCCGUGUGAUCAUUGGUCACAAAGAAGCCGCUAACAGCAAUAUUGAACAGAAAUUAGUGUUUUGUGGGAAUGAAGAGGGGAAAUUAAUUGCCAUUAGGCAAUUAAUUCAAGAAGGUGAAUUUCGACCUCCAGUCAUCAUUUUUCUAGAGUCCAUCUCCAGAGCCAAGGCGCUUUUUCACGAACUUUUAUAUGACAAUUUGAAUGUUGAUGUCAUUCAUGCUGAGAGAACUCAGGUUCAAAGAGACAAGAUUAUCGAACGAUUUAGAUCUGGUGACUUGUGGUGCUUGAUCUGUACAGAUGUUCUGGCUCGCGGUAUAGACUUCAAAGGUAUCAAUUUGGUCAUAAAUUAUGAUGUACCAGCAUCAGCUCAGGCUUACGUUCACAGAAUUGGUAGAACCGGAAGAGGUGGGCGGUCUGGUAAAGCCAUCACAUUUUACACAAAGCAAGAUGUGAUUGGAGUGAAACCGAUUAUCAAUGUCAUGAAACAGAGCGGCAGCGAGGUCUCUCCAUGGAUGGAAACGUUCUCAAAAAUGUCUAAGAAAGAGAAAGAGAUGGUCAAAAAGGGCAAAGCCCAUCAAGAAAGAAAACAUAUCAGUACCGUACCGCGUGUCGUCAAGCAGAAAAAGCGUCAAAGACGUGAAAUGCUUGACGCUUCCAAAAGGAGAAAACAGCAUAAUCAAAUCGAAGAUGAGGAAAUUUAA